AGAAAAGGAUAUUUGUUAAUUACAUUGAAAUAAUUUUAUUAAUUCUGUUGGUAAUAAAAAUAUAAAAAAUUGUAGACAAAAUCGUUCUUCGAGUGAUCGCGCGGAAAAUUUGCAUCGAAUGCCAACGGUGGUCGGCGAUUUUAUUGCGUCGGGCGUCGAAUUGGGCUCAGACGUGAAAACGGGUACAGGUGUCAUCAUACACUGAUGAAAUAACGCGCGCCUUCCUCGCGGUAUACGAGACGCUUUCGCGCGUUAUUGGAUGUGCGAUACGGCAUAAUUGUCGAUGAUGCAACGAAAACGCAUUGCAUAAGCUUCUUAUGGAACGACCUGAUUAAUUGCAUUUUAAGUAACGUAAGCUUGUAAUACAAUGAGCGUCUUUGAUUCGACCGAUAGCUUUGAUUAACCGACUCUAGCCGGUCCCUUUAGGUCCAGCUGUGAACGGAGUAAUUGAACAUUAACCGCCAUUGAUGUUACAAUUUAUUUUGACUAUUUGUAGUUUGCUUUUUACAUGACGUUACUUAUUAGAAUUCUUAAAAAUUUUUGGUUUCUUAAAUAAUUUUGGGUUGACUUAGAAUUGCUUAAUUUGUACAGCGUGUAUUCUGAAGUUGAAAAGCCAAUAAUAUUUUGAUACUUUUGGCAUAGUUGUUCGUUUUAACGAAAUGACGUGAUCGAGGAACGGAACACGCGCGUACAAAACACGCGCUGGCGAGCAUGUUCCGAGUGCCGUCGACCUCUCGCAUUUUACCAAAACAACGGUGUCUUAUAUCUACAUAACAUUACAUGUUUUAACUUCGUAUGUAAAUGCGGAUGUGCAGCGUCGAAUAUGGGAUGAGUACGGGUCCGGUAACACGAAAGUCUUGAAUUCUUUUGCAAGCGUGGGAGCUAACGAGACGAUUCGUAGCUCAGGGCUCCAGAUAGGUGCGAAUGGGAACGAUGUGUCGGGAGAGAAGGCCACCCGCGUAAUCCCCAUCUUUUUUCCCCUUCCGACAAGUUCGCGGGCUUUCGAAAUGCUUAAUGCAUUUCCUCGGUUCAAGCUUGAUCGAUCGACAACUCCCUGCGCGUCGUGUUAAUAACAGCUAAAUUCUGUUUCUCUCUUUCUCUUUCUCGCUGGCUCUCUCUUAUUUGUACUGCUGAGAAAUCUAAGGGAGUUUUAUAUGCGACAUAAACGUCCUCCUCCGAAAUUUCAACGUGAAGAUGUUAAACCGAACACAGCCAUUGUAUACUUAAUUUAUGCGUGGCUUCGAAAUUUUUUUGUCUGAUUUGUCACGUACAACUCUCCCGUUUCCAAAGCAACGGGAGUGUCUUUCGACUUCCGGCUGCCGCCUUCGCGUUUCUUAUUCUAUAAUGAGCGUACGAAAUCCUUUGCCACACUUCCAGAUCCUUAAAAAUCGAGUUAUCAAAAAUUUCAACUGUCAAGUGAUUGGAGAUGUGUUAAUUACUAAUUUUUAAUUAUUGAUUGAUCGAAUUUAAAAAGAUUUUUGUUUAAGAUUACAUAAAAUUGCUCAAUUUUUGGUCAAAUAAAAUAGACUUCAUUUUUUAACAAAAUUUUUAUUGAUAUUUUUGAAUAUAUGUGUACAUUUUCGCUGAUUGAUCUUGCGUAUUAAUCUUGCGUAUCUUUAUCGACAAUACGUUCGAGAGAAAUAAUGUAGUUUUCUUAAGAAAAAAAAUCUCUGAAAUAUCGCUACAACACGUGUAAUACAGGAGGUUGAGCGGCAUGAAAGUUAGUCGGUCAUUUUAUUGCUCCUUGCGACCGUAUCAACUUUUGUCCAACGAUCGGCUCGCCGAGCGAGUUGUAUUACGCAAGGGAUUCGCUUGCAAAAGGAAUAAGGCAAAAAAAAAGCCGCGUUACCUGAGCCUACUUAACAUAAUGCGUGCAUUGAUACAUUCGCUGCAACUCAGUCACCCCGAACUUCAUGCUGCGUUCGUUAUAAUGUUAGUCAUUAGCCGACCGAUUUGCCGUAGAAAAAUCAGUGGAAAGUCAAUCGUACGUUUCUGUGGAACACCCGAUCGUUAGGAAACUCGGCAAAGGCGCUAGAGGUUCGAAAUAUUUCAUGUUAUUUGUAUACUUUAUUUCUUCUUCGCCUGCAUUAUUAUUAGGCAUACUUACUGAUCGCGCGAGUAUCAAAGAAUACCGAUUUUUAUCACGUCGUAAACUCUUGUACGUAUCAGUAUCGAGUGAAAUCGCAAUCGUGCUACUUUUCACUUAUAUAGAGUCACGAUUAGAGCUCAGCGUGAAGUGUGUUCGCACGCUGUCUGCCGGGCGUGUAGCAUUUUGUUCCGGAAUUUUGUAAACGAUGACUUUACCCUCUUUGUCCGCUUUCAAAAGGGAACAUAAUUAAAAAUAAAGAUAGUGAUUUUGACUAUUGAAAUUAGAAAGAUAUGUCCAAGUUGCGUCUUCCAUUAAGUAUAUGAAAAAUGCUUCGUCAGAUUUGGGGAACGCAUUAUCUAGCAGACACAAGAUACACUGGGUAUUCUCACCCCCGGCAGCUUUAGAUAGCAGUCCACAGAUAUGUUUUGCGUGCGUCUGAUGGCCGAUAAUGCGGUUUCGUUGCGUGGCCAGAUCGAGUGUGGUAACAUCGUGCCGGCCGACGGAGGCGAAAUCAAUUAACUUCGGCAACACAUGCGUGCGUAACCCGCGAGUGCGUCCCGCACGCGCGCUCGCGACGUACGCACAUAGAAGAUGCGUAGUACCCCACUACAUAUAGGGUGUGAUAAAAAUCAUAAUGUUUUCUUCGAUUUAUCGAUGACUUUUAAUUUUUUCUUAGUCGAAAAAUUUUUAAUUGCCCAUUAUUUAAAAAAGUGCGACGAUAUUGACGCAUUUAAAAAAUAAUUUUUCUUCUAUUCAGAGUAAUUAAUUUCUGAGACACCAUGUACAUUGCGGCCUGUACGAGGCGCCUAUAACGCGUACGUUUGCCGCGUGGGUUGCCAUGGGCAACCCGUGACUAACACACGUUCCAGCAUCACGUCUCUCUCACCCUUCUCGUCUCAUCCCAUCUCUCCUUUUCUUCUUCCUUUCUCUCACUCUUUUCUUUUUUCCUUUCUCUCUUCUCUCUUUCUUCUUCUCUCUCCUUGUUUUCUUUCUGUCAUUCCCUCUCUUUCUGUUGUGUACCCGAGUUCAGUGACGUAACAGUCACCACGAUGGAACUGGAGUAUUGGUGAUUGAUUUUGAAAGAGAAAAAUUUUGGGUUUUAUAGCGCUGUGUCAUCACUUAAUUAAUAUGAUUAAGAAAAGAUUCUAUUAAGUAAAUGAUGGACGUUUAUCCUGUCUUUUCUGGGAUCAUCUAUAGAGCAAUGCAAGUAAUGCUUUCAAGCAAUUAAUUAUGUAGAAAUUUAUAUGAAAAUUGAAACAUGGUAAAAGAAUUUUACAUAGUUGUCAAAUUGUAUGCAUAUACAACAUAUUACUCUUAUAAUAAUUAAAUUGUCGAUCAGUAAAUAAAAAAAAAAAAAUUAACGAAUGUCUUCAAAGUCUGAGCGAAAUUCGAGAAUAAGAACCAUAAAUUAAAUGGAUGCCGCAGAUGGUUAAUGGAGCAUUAUGUCUAAUUCUUAAAAGUGCAUUUCGCAAAUUGCUUGGUACGUUACUGUAAGCCAUCUCUCUUCAUUUCAUGCGACACGUUUAUCCUUCUCAGGGACACUCUCUCGGUCUUUCUUCCUUUCUCUUUUAGCCAUCUUUUUCUUUCAUGUCUUGUACCCUAGGUUAGCGCUUCACGUUCUCAUCGUGCUUGCUGGGGCCUACUGAUCCUCUCCCCUUCAGGAGUGAAUCUCUAUGGAAACUAACGAGACUCGAGCCGCAGGCCCCUCAAAAGAUCGCCCGUCUAUCCGAAAUUAGUAUCAAUUUUUUAAAACUGUAUAUCGUGAGAACUGAUGUGACGACACUUCUUGUCUUUUAUGAUCCUCUGUUCCCAAUGGAAUUUCCUAAAAAUGAGCAGUUUUAGAGUGGAAGGGAGUCAAUGUUUAUCCUUGAUCCCCAGCGUGUUCAGGAAGCCCAGGGAUGUACGGCACUUCAUUACGAAGCAACGACGCGUGACCACCGAAACGUCGCUUUGUUUUCCGUAUCUUAGGGACGUCGUCGAUUAUCGAUUUUACGGUAGGUACUACACUCGCGUGCAUACGGUUCUCCGAUGUCGAUCCAUAUGUAUAAGAGCGAGAUCGAGAUGAUACCUACACAUUGUAUAGCCUUCCGCGCGAAAGAAUUUCGAUUUACCGCGAUGAUAGAGCUGUGUAUACUCCGCUGCAUACUUCGGUGUAAUUAAUUUCUGCGAGCCUUGGUGUAGCGUAAACCCGAAAGGCUAUCUUAUCUAAUAUUUAUUAUAUUAAUAUAUUAUUUUUAGCAUGAUAUAUGAAUUUUCAAUAAAUAAAAAAAAAAAUUUUAUAGCUUUGCAGGCGUAUUCAAAAUAAAGCUAUGGAAUUUUUAUCUUUAAUUAGAAUUUUCGCCUUUAUGAAACUUGUUUGGUGAAAAAUAACGAUGUUACGACUAAAUGUUACACGGGAUCAGAAGGAAUAAUUGCAGUCGAGCAAUAAAAUCAAAAUUUCUAUUACUUUAUUAAAAUUAUUCUAUAAAAUAAUAUUUAAAGUACAGUUUUCUUUGAUAUAUCUUAAAAAAAUCUACUCAGUUUGUUUACUCAGUUAGAGUUGAUUUGUUUAUACAUUUAAGAUUAAAAUCAACGAGUUAAUUAUAUCCCAAGCGAUGCAACUUUAGAUAAGUCUACUAAAAAACAAAACUGCCGUUUGUGAGAUCUCCCAGAAUAGUGCCUGGGUCUUUACUGGAGAGGGAUCGUCCCUGAACCCAUGGAAGCGACGUGCGGAAGGGAAGGGGUCAUGGAACUCAUAGAGAGGGGAGCGCAUCAUGGUGGAGGUGGUUGAGGCAUCAAAAGAGAGAGAGAGAGGAAGAGGUUUCUACAGGGGAUGCUGACUGCAUAAAGAGAGACGAAGAAUCGCGACGAACCAUCAUCCCCUCAUUGGGACGCUCUCUUUUCCUUGCUCUUCUUCUGCGAUCUCUUCUCUCUUCUAUUUAGCUCUAUCUGCUGUCGGGAUUGCUUUCUGACUAACUUCCGAGACAAAGAAAGAAGAUGAACAAGAGACGUAGAGCGAAAAGAUAGCUCUAGAUGAGUAAGCUGAAGAAAGAUGAAUGUUGGAAUGCAAGUUCGAGAAGGAAUGAGAUGUUGAAUGCGAGUAUUUAAUGAGAAGGAAAGAGAAAGUCACUAGAUCAGUAGAUGAGAAGGUAGAGAACAUGAAGAAAGAACGAGUAAGAGAGAGGGAGAUGAGAAUAAGCAAUUCUGAUUAUAACGACAACUGGCAACGAUUGAAUCUUGGCAAGAAUAAAGGAGAUGGGCCGAAAAAUCAGUGAAAUUUAACGAAUCAAGAGGUAGAUGCUGAUUUCGAAAAAAAAAAGAAAGAAAAACAGGAAGAUCGCCAAGAAUAAUCAGGGAAAGAAAGAAGUAUAACGAGAUGAUGCCAUUUCAAGAUGGGGGGGAAACUUAAUCUUUUAAGAUUAAAAGUACAAUCGUGACGUUUCGAGAAGUGGGAAGGGAGGAAGAGGGCAAAAAGGGGAAGUGAGAAAACGAGUGCCUGGUUCUCUCGAGUGACAGCGACAGAAUUAGGCUACCCUCGAGAAGAGAGGGAGAAGCCCAGCGGGAGUUUUGAAGGCAGAGAGAGAGAGGUGAAUAGAGAAGCCGGGACAGGGAGCAGACAGAUGAGGCAAGUUAGAGAGAGAAAGAAGAAUGGGGGACUAUUCAGGGGAACAGACGAGAGAUGGGGAGAACAGGACAGCGAGAGGAAGAGAGAGAGAAAGAGAAGGACCGAAAGAGAACGAACUGGAAUGAGCGAGACGGGGAAACAGAACAGAGAGACCAGGCAGCGAGUGCGCCCACCGAGCCGCCUCCAUACCACCUCCAGCAUUCCCAGUCUGCACACACAGUUGCAGCUGCACCGCGGCCGUGGCUCGUUCGUGUGCACACGCGAGACUGCGCGCGCGUCUCUCUCGCAUAAUCUCGCGAUUCUCUCGCGCGUGUGUGUACGUGUACGACGUAUAUAUAAAAUAUAUAACUAUACUACGCGCGACGCGCAACAACGUCGCCGCCAUGCAGUUUUAACGACGCCGUUUCCUUCGGUCCUUCGCUUAUCCUCCGCGCUGGACGAGAUUGCACCGCUUAUCGGCCAUUACUCCGGAGUUAAGAGGUUCAGCUGGACUCCCUCAAGAUCGCCGACGAUCGCAGACCAACAACAAACUCACCGUAGUGAAUUGUAAUUAGCAACGACGUACAAGAACGCACGCCGACACUUUCGCCGACAUAAAUUCGUAAUUAGGCGGGUCACAAAUCGAUUUCUCGACUUCCCCUCUCCUGCGACUUUCAGCUUCGCGGUAGUGCCGGGUUGCCGAAGUUCACGAGGUGACAUUGACGAGUGUCGACGAACUCGCUGUCGACGUUGAGACGGAAGGGCUCUCUCUCUCUCUCGGAGGUCGGCCAAGAUUUCCCCUCGGAAUCGACGAGCUCGGGAUAGACGCGAGUGCGAAAACGGAGUGCCAGUGAUCGCUGGCUGUUUUCCCUGCGUUUCUCCGGCGAGCCGCACUGCGCGGAGCACGUGCGAACCGCGAGGCUGAGAGAAGUGCACUAUCGAUCGCGUCUGUCUCGGCUGCAAUCUCGGGAAACGUGUCCUUAGCACGAUAUUCAGCCGGCCGGCUCAGCAGGCAAGACGAGACCUGACAUUUCGCAAAUGUCAACCGCCGUUGCUGGCGUAAUUUUCGCGUAAUCGGAGCGUGGCUGAUAAACGAUAAGAGAGACCGACUCGUGCUUUUCUUGGCGAAACCGCACUCUCUCUCCUGUUUCCCUUUCUUCCGCGACAAAUCGAAAGUGACAGACAGCACGUCGACAGCGAUGACACGAGACACGUGAUUCGUAGAAUCUGAGACUCGGAAGCCAGAAAGACUCGACGUCUUCGAUUCCCGGGGUUCCCUGAAGGAAGCGAGGAUACAUCGCUCGUCAUGGAUUGGAUGAGAAGGCAGGAUGUCAAGGAGGAGCUGCAGGAAACUUCCAAUACCUUGACACCGGAAGACGACGACGAAUGUUACUUCGAGGAAGACGCGUCGAUAGACGAGGGAAUGGGUCUUGACAAUGUGAGCUCGGCGACCCUCAGGCCCUUUAACUCGGACAUCAACACACCGAGGAUCGACAGCUACAGGUUCUCCAUGGCGAAUCUCGAAGAUUCUCAGGAUGUCGACCUGGAUGCGAUCCUCGGUGAAUUGUGCGCCUUGGAGCGACGUUGCGAUGGCGACAUUGCUGCUACUCCAGCGCCGGAUUCACAAAGGCCAGGACGACCUACCAGCGCAAGGAUCAAUCCAAGCGACAACACUGACAUCAAAAAUGAAGGGGGUAUGCGCACCGAUAGUCCCGAUAACGAUAGUGCGUUCUCGGAUACGGUGUCUAUGCUGUCUAGCGAAAGUUCGGCGAGUAGUAGCGGUUCCGGACACAAGCCACCUCAGACCGCCAUGCACACAGCUCCUCAGCAGCAACCACACCAGCUUGUUGAUGCAGCAAGCAGAGCGAAAGCAGAGAAGAUCCGCCUGGCGCUGGAAAAGAUGCGCGAGGCGAGCGUACAGAAGCUCUUCAUCAAAGCGUUUACAUUGGACGGCAGCGGUAAAAGCCUCCUGGUCGACGAAGGGAUGAACGUCGCGCACGUGUGUAGGUUGCUCGCGGACAAAAACCACGUGCCAAUGGAUCCAAAGUGGGCCGUGGUCGAGCACUUACCCGAUCUCUUCAUGGAGAGGGUUUACGAGGAUCACGAACUGUUGGUAGAGAAUCUUUUGCUAUGGACCAGGGAUUCCAAAAACAAAUUGCUCUUCGUCGAGAGACCGGAUAAAACACAACUAUUUCUCACGCCCGAGCGAUUUCUUCUCGGUCCCACAGAUCGCGGUGGCGGCGAGUACGACGACCACUCGAGAAAUAUUUUACUGGAGGAGUUCUUCUCGAGCAGCAACGUCGGUGUGCCCGAGGUCGAGGGUCCGCUGUACUUGAAAUCAGACAGUAAAAAGGGCUGGAAGAGGUAUCACUUCAUUCUACGAGCCUCCGGUCUUUAUUACUGGCCGAAGGAAAAGGCGCGCACUGCGCGAGACCUCGUCUGUCUGGCAACCUUCGAUGUCAAUCAGGUUUAUUAUGGCGUUGGCUGGCGGAAGAAAUACAAAGCGCCUACUGACUUUUGCUUUGCUGUGAAGCAUCCACGCUUGCAACAACCCAAAUCCACCAAAUAUAUCAAAUUCCUCUGCGCAGAGGAUAAUGCAUCCUUGGAGCGAUGGAUGGUUGGCAUUCGUGUGGCAAAGUACGGUAGGCAGCUGAUGGAGAAUUAUCGAGCGCUCGUGGAUGAACUGGCACAGGAAGAUCUAGACUUGUUGGCACACGCCAGAUCGUGCUCGGUCAGUUCUAUUGCCACGCCGCCAAAUCAAACCCAGUAUAACACGACAAAUGACAAUGCCAGACAGUUUGCGGAGAACACGAGACAUAACAAUGAAACGGUCGUCGCCACGACGAGGCAAUAUGACGGUCAGAGACAGAGUUAUAAUCCGGAACAACGGCAGAGCUAUACCAAUGACGGUAGGCUGAGUAGAGCGAGCAGCUCCAGCUCCAGUGGAUGCUUAUCUGACGGGGCACCAAGUAGUUGCGAGGUGGCUUUCGAAUGUGGCGAGUUUCCAACCGGCACGAUAAAGCGAAAACCAUCUAUGAAUCCGAAGUUGCCUCUUACGUCGAUUACGAGGCAAUUAAAAGAAGUCGGCGAAACCGUUCGAGAUGAGCCGGAUUCCUGUCCGAGUCCGACGAGCUCGGGAUCCAGCACGCUAACUAGAAGGCACAGUCGUCGGCGAAGCGGCACUGAUUCCGAUGGAUCCGGAACCUUGAAGAGACAUCAUAGAUCUGGAAACGCGACACCCGUGAGCCCGGUACCUCCCGGCACACCGGUAAGGGAGAGAGCGAGUCCUAUGGGAUAUAGCAGAUCGGAGAAUCAAGAAUCGAAGACACCAACGAGUCCGAUACAAUCAUGCAUGAUGGAUUCGAUUACCUCGCUACCACCGCCACCGUCGCCGUCGAGAGUCGCCGAAGAAGUCGAGUCCGACAGCGAGCCGCUUCCGCCACCACCUCCCGAGAUGUUCCGAUCGAAUCUCUCGUUGGACUCUCUGCCACCGCCGCCGGCGCCCGGUGAACUUCCGGUUUGCAACACACCUGAACUCACAGGCUCCUCGCUGAGUCUCGCGUCUCUGCCGCCACCGCCCAGUCCGCUUGUCGGCGAAACCGGAACUAUACGUCGCGCUAGACCUAAGCAAUCUACCCCUACGAAUUCUAUGACUCCCGAAAGCACCCCCACGCAUACUUCCAACCCCAGGUCGCAAUCCAAUCAAAUGUAUACAAAUAGUGUCACGCUAAACAGCAAUUCGAUUCAGAAUUACAAUUCGAACGCGUCCCCGAAUGUUCAUAAUGCGAACAACACUGUCAAUUCCGUAUCCUCUCCGCAUAGUUCCUAUUCAGGAUCGACAGCAAAUACACCGACCUACACUCCGAAUUCGCCUAACUUCACAUCACCACCGCCCUUCGUGCCGCCACCGGCUUAUGGAACUCAACCUCCAAUUACUAAUUCUCAGAGCCUCGGGCGACAAAAUUCCAAAGUUGAAUCUAUAUACCAGAUCGCUCACCAUAACACAAUACAUAGCACAACAAACAUUCAGCCGAUCAGGCCGAAUCCUAACAUGGACACCGUCCGACGUAGCGCUAUGAAACAAGGAACUGGUCACUACGCGGCACCGCCUUAUCUCGCCGAGUUGAAGGCCGCCUCCAGUCCGCAGCCGCAACGACGAGUGACCAUCCAGGAACCACCGACAUCGCCCAAGUCGAAAACUGGAACCGGCAAGAAGAUCUCAUUUAAUCUACCGCCUCAACAGGAACCCGGCAGUCCCGCGUUGCCACAACGGAAGCCGAUGCCGCCUAGAAGAUCUGACAGCACCAGGCUCACUUCGCCAAAGAAAUUAGCGGCGUCUGAUCAGGCGCCGCCGGGUGAUUUUCUCAAGGAUCUCCAGAGGGUAAUGAGGAAGAAGUGGCAGGUUGCGCAGAAAUGCAAGCUAGACUCGACAACGACGCCGCACGAAGUGCUCGGAUUCCGGGAUCCACCGCCUGCCGUGGCUGACUACAGAGAGACCAACGUGUCCAAUUGGGUACAGGAACACUAUGGUGCGGAUAACCUGUAUGAAAAUGUAUACGCAACGGAUCCUCAUGCACCGGUCGAAUAUGCGUCCAGCCCGGCACGGCAGACAUCGGUAAGAUUCGCCGAUGAGAAUCGCAGCAUGAACAUCGUCAAUGCAAUCGCUGGCAAGAGACGACCGCCGCCGCCUCCGCCCAAGAGAGCCGAGACCACGCAUCUCACCACCACCAGGGCAAUGCACUGACAAUAGCAGAUAAUUCAAACCCAUCCCGAGAGGCGAUGGUACUGCUGCCUCUGCAGUUGGUGGAAAGAGUGAGAACGAAGACAGGGGACGGUUCUGUCGACGCGACUCUUCGUCACUGUUACAAGAUGUCGGGUACAUCAAAUCCAUCGCUUCAACUUGUUAAAGAGAAGUUUUAUGGAAGAAAAGAAAUUAUUCUCCGAUAAAGAAUAGAUUGUAUGAUUUCGUUGCUGGUUCUAAUCUUGAGAGUUGAAUGAGAAGAGACGAAAAGUCGAAAGAAAAGAAAUUGUUUAGAUAUGAAAGUUAUUAAAAAGAGAUUAUAUUUUGGACGGUUCUUUUCGGUUUUUUAAAAAGAACUGAAUUGACAGAAUCUAUCUACAAGUGUCAGCGAGAAGGAACGUUCAAAUUAUUAGCAAUGAAAUUACGAGAAAUUUGAGAUUAUUAUGAUAAAUCACAAGUGCAAGAGGAUGAUUGUUGACGAACCGUCCUCACCGGAAGUUCUCCUUGACCGUGUAACUGUCGUUUGCAGUUGAACACGAACCGGAAGAUAAAUGAUGUAAACGCUCUUUUGAGUCGAGCAACGAAUUGAAUUGAAUUCGAGUCCGCGACAGAAAUUCGAUGGUGUUAUGAUUAAUCAACACUGCCGCACAUACGAAGGAUGUGAUAUAAAUCUUAAGCAUCAUGCCCAAGAAUUCCCGCGAUUUGAGAAUCGUGUGAAAAAGAAAAGAAGGCGAUAAAAAGCAACGCGAAAAAACGCAUUUUUUUAAGGCAGAAUGUAGGGAAUAAAUGAUGAUUUUAUGCAGAAUCGCGAGUUCUGCUUGCGCGCAAAUUUUAUAACCGCUAACUGCCUCGUCUGCGAUUUUCUCAAAUAUAUACUUGGAUGUGAUAAAUAAUAUAAAAUAAAAAAAAAAAUAUAUAUAUAUGUGCAAAUAAUCUGUUGAAGUAUUCUCAAGUUUGAUUUAAAAAAAUAAUUAUCGGUCAAAGAAUAAUCAUGUCCGAAUAUAAUUUUUAAUAAUUUUGCAAUUCCGAUACUUAAUAAAAAAAUUAUUCAUUUGGCAUUCGCUUCAAUAGAAUAUUGCUUCAAAAAUAUCACGAAAAUAUUUUACAAUAUACAUUUUAAUAAUAAAAAUGGAAAUAAUAAAAAUGUAAUAUAUAUUAUAUAUUUUUUGUCUCAAGUUUUCGCUUACUUGAAUUUUUCCGAAAUAAAAAGCUUGGUGGUUCAGACUGUAUUCCUAAAGAAUAUGAUAACGAGGGGUACGCAUAUUCUGUAACCGCAGCGCUCGAAGAAACGCGCGAAGCGAUAUUGAUCUCAGCUCGAACUGGAAGCGACUCUUUUCACAGCGCAAAGUGUUGUUUCAACGGUAAAGAAAAACUUUAUCGAACAUUUCUUUUAUGCGACUAGAGCAUCCUUUGCGAUCACAUCCUUAUGCAUAGGUAUGUAUGUAUAUAAACCGAGUAUGUACACGCGUUUACAUCGCUAUAUCGAUUUGGAUGCUGUAUGUGUAGUUGUAUUAUACAAUCGGAACACGCUUCACGACGAUGGGAUUUACGGUUGUCCGUUGUAUGUACGUUCAUCGAUUGUACCCGAUAGAACUAACUACAUGACGAUAACUUUUCUCGCUCGUCGUCGGAGCGAACUGACGCCUCAUGACACGAGGACGCGAGAUCUCGUUUAUGCUAUUUUCUAUUUCUUUUUCGUUCGAUAACGAAGGAAAACUAUCAUUCUGAAAGCCAAGCGGAUCAAAUGAGAAGAAUGUUGAAAUUCUCGAGUCUUUGAUAAACCGGCUGAACUCUGAAGACUAGAUAGAUAAUAACAAAUUUCUUGGAUACUUUAAAUGAAACCGUCGAGAGGAACGCCCUAGGAAUAGUUAUCAGUCGCUGGACCCAUUUAUCUUUGCGAUUUGACUCUUAUUUCAAGUAUUCGAUUCCUAGAAUUAGACGAAGGAAAUGCGAUCCAGGUACGCGCGGUCGUCUCACGUCGCCGACCGGAGAGAAGCGAAUUAUGCGUCGAGUGGUCGCGAAGAUCGUCGCGCUAGCCAAUGACGAGGAACAAUAUCGUGCGUAGCUUCCCGUUUAUAAUCACCAAUGGAAUCUUCAGCAACGACUUAGCCGAGUCUUUCCAAGGUCGCGUAGCUGAUGUAGUUUUAUAUCUCGAUUUGUAUCGCGUUUGCAUGACUUACAUGUGAAAGUUAACGACUCUACGGACUUACGGAGUAUCUGUAUCGUCGAAUUUUUAUAUACGAAAUUGGCAGCCGCUCGAGAAAGCCCGUUCGUGCGAUAUUCAACUCGUAGAAAGUAUUUUGUAAGACCACAAAUUUUGAUACAGAAAUAUUUCAUCGUAGUUAUGCGCGAGUAUAUGGGUAGGAAACUACAGGGCUCAGCAUUACCAAUAUUAGAAUUUAUCGACCAAUUUUCGAGCCGACUAUUUCUAAUUUUUAAUUCUUCAAUAUUUCUGAUUUUCUCAGAGAAUCUUAAUAACGAUAAAAUCGUCUUUCCAAAAUUAAGCUGCGUGUGUGCGAGAUACUAUUGCAAGUGACUUUUCGAUCGGCCCUCGGUCGGCAGGUCGUUUUCGUCAUCGUUCACAUUUUUCAUUUUCUAAAAAGAAUAUUCACGCCGUGCCUGCGCGCGAGAAUUUUUCCAAUUUUUUAACAAAAAUGCCGUGUGUGUCUGCGUGCGUGAGGAUUUACCAGUUUUAUAAAGAAUUCGUGUCGUUUUUUAAUGCGCCACCGUACAAUUUUUAGGAUUUUCACGCAGUGCCUGUGCGCGAAAACUUUUCCAAUUUUCAAGGAGAUUCGCACGUUCUUGCACCGGAACGUGCUCUCUCGAGCGAACGCCGUAAGCGAGCACAAAUCUGCGUACCGUAACACACAAUCGAAUUACUUAAUAAUAAUAAUAGCUAAAGACUAACUUAAAAUGGAACCGUCAAUGUCGAUUUAACUAUAUUCCCGCCUUACGCGCGAUUAAUCAAACUGAACCAAUAAUAUAAAUCCAUUUUUGAGAUUAAUAUAUCGACUUUACAGAAACUAAUGACCUUUUAUACGGAAAUUCAUAUGGAAUUUUCCAAAAUAUACUUUUCGCGAGUACGAGUAUCAGUGCCUCUGCGCUUGAAAUGUGAGUCACGAAAACUUAUUCUUCAAACAAUUUGUCGAAGACAUUUCGACAGUCAAUUUUAUAUUAAUUAGAAUUUUAUAAUUUGCUUUUAUUCCUUUUCUUUUAAACACAAUUUUAUUGUCGUCGUGAUUCGAAAUAGAAUCAUUUCGUUACAAGGACUCCAAUAAUUUGAUUUUCUAUCGUGAUGUAAUCUUAUAUAUAUAUAUUUUUUUUUACGUUAAAUAAGCUUCCGCGAAUUCACUGCGCGAUCACGUCGCAGACUAUUCCAAGUAAACUGAAAGAGGGACUGGUACGCGGGACUCGUCGGAAAACACUAGCGCGUGCCGAGAUGAAAACUUCUUUUGUAUCUAUAUUUCUUAAGAAACUUUCGCCGAGCUGAACACUCCAGGCAAUCUGUGUAGGUAGUUUUAGUAUUCGAUGUACGUGUACUGCCCGUUGCUUGAUUUUCGUGGGAUGGAUGAGUUAACUGACCGUACAGUUCCAAUGAAUAAUAAUUUGAUUGAACGCUUUCGCGUUAAAAAUUAGUGCAAUUGGCAAGAGGAAUUUAUGGAAAACGAAAAAAAGCGCAAUUAUUAUCGGUUACUAACAGAAAAAUUGUAACAUUUUUAUUAUUGUAUAACAUUUUGAUUAUUGUAUUCUCGGAGGGCCGGUUUAAAAGAUUAAAGACGUCGAAAUCUACAAAGUUUAAAUUAAGCGAAACGCGUUUUUCUUUAUUAUACAAUUUUUACGAGAUGGUUUAUGCAAAUAAAAAAAAACGUUUCGCAUUGAAAAUAUCUGUACAGGAAUACAAGGAAACUUUUUUGAGCCGGCCCUGUGUUCAAUUGCAUACUUUAAGUUGUUCGUAUAAUUCUGUAAAUAUUAUAACGAAUGGUAUUACGAGAAGAAAUUAUUGUCGGUGAUGUCGCUCGGCUGAACAAUGAUACAAAUGUGUUUACAAGAAGUGAAGCGAAGGGUGGCGAGGGCAAGUCUUCGAAGACUUUGAAAGAGAUAUGAAUCUUGCAAAGAGAUGAGGCUUUACUGCGUUUGGUUUAAUUAAUUGUUUCGGCUCGUAAAGGUCGCUUCGGUCAGUUAUCGCGAGGACGCGAAACCUCGGACGCUGCGUUCGCAUCGCUGUCAGAUCGAUUCGAUGUAGCUUAACAGUUAGACACUUUAGGUCGUAUCGCAGGUUGUUUCGGAUACACUUUGUGCAGGUGUGUUUAAAAAAAAUUGUGACAAUACUGACAUUAAUUCGUGACCCGACGCCAGUUGUUUAGGUAUAACGCGUACCGAGCGAACAAAGAAAUGUGCAGCAGUUGAAAUAUUAUAGGUAUUAUAUUCAUGUUUUUAUGUAAAUAAAUUUUUGGUAUAUU